CUUUCACCAAUAAAGCUUAAAACCUUUUUCUCUCCUCUUCCAUUCCCCAAAAACCCAAACCUUAACCUGUUAACCCCCCCCCCCUUUUUCACAUUUUCGAAAGAGCCCAUUUCGGAUCCAAGACCCGAAUCCAAACCCCACUCCGUUUUUUUCAUGAAAAGGAAUCCUUCAUUAUGGAUCCUCCAUUGAUCAAUGAGACGUCUUUUUCAGCAGCGAAUCCUUCAGCUUACAGCCUUUCUGAGAUUUGGCCUUUCCCAAUCAACCCAGGCUCCGACCCGACAGUUGCAGCUGGACGUGGGUUGGGGGCCCGAAUGGGUAAUUUGGGCGGGUUUGGGGAGACUUCGGGUCUUAGAGAUGGGUCCAUGGAGGAAUCUACUGUGACUGAGCAGAGUGUUGGAUGUGGAGGUGGGAGAAAAAGGAAGGAAUUGAACUCUGAAGAUGAGUCUUCCAAGAUUGUUUCUACUACUACCAGUGCGAAUGAAUUGAAUGAUUCGAAUGGAAAACGGAUGAAGACACCGGGUGCAAAGAAUGGAACUGCUGGUCCUAAAGCUGAGGUGGAGGCGAGUUCCGAUGAGGGUGGCAGGCUAGAACUGAAUAAUAAACCUGCCAAACCGCCUAAGCAAGACUAUAUUCAUGUCAGAGCUAGAAGGGGUCAAGCAAUUGAUAGCCAUAGUUUGGCUGAGAGAGCCAGGAGAGAGCGGAUUAGCGAGAGGAUGAAGAUUCUUCAGGAUCUGGUCCCUGGAUGCAACAAGGUCAUUGGGAAGGCACUUGUCCUUGAUGAGAUUAUUAAUUACAUCCAGUCACUGCAGCAACAAGUUGAGUUCUUGUCAUUGAAACUCGAAACAGUUAAUUCAAGGAGAAACAUGAAUCCUAGCUUGGAAAGCUUUCAUUCAAAGGAUCUUGGUUUGCAGCCAAUUGAUGGUGCUGGAAUGAUAUUUGGCUCACAAGCAGCAAGGGAAUAUGCUCAGGGAUCACAACCAGAGUGGUUGCAGAUGCACGUAGGCGGGAACUUCGAAAGAGCGACGUAAUUCGGAGAACCCUUGCUUGCUUACACAGCAACAAGAACAAGAACAAUCUGUUUGUUGUCUUUUCGAUUAAAGGAGGGAAAAAAUUGUGACUGGUUUACAUGUGUUGCGGAAAAUGUGUCAUAAAUGUGGACUAGUGUUGCUAAAUUUGUAGUGUCACAUAUCUUGUAGAAAAUGCAUCUAACCUGUUAUGUGUUCUCCAUCUGACUAGAUUCAGACAACUCCAUUGUAUCAGUUACUUGACAAAAUCUACCGAAUUUCAGCCAUGUUCUUGUGGUUUAUCC